UUUUGUCAGCCUGGUGGGUGGCAGCUGUCCAGAGAAAGGAAGCAGCCAACAUUCUUUGUGGUGGUCCUGACAGACAUUGACUCAGAUCGACAUUACUGCUCAUGCCUGACCUUCUACGAGGCAGAGAUCAAUCUCCAGGGAACUAAGAAGGAAGAGAUUGAAGGUGAAGAGGAAGUGUCUGGUUUAAUUCAGCCUGCAGAAGUGUUUGCUCCCAAAAGCCUGGUGUUGGUUUCCAGAUUAGAUUAUCCAGAAAUUUUUAGGGCUUGCCUGGGUUUGAUCUAUACUGUGUAUGUGGACAGUCUGAAUGUCUCCUUGGAAAGUCUCAUUGCAAACCUUUGUGCCUGCCUUGUCCCAGCAGCUGGAGGGUCUCAGAAGCUGUUUUCCUUGGGUGCAGGAGAUAGACAGCUGAUCCAGACUCCUUUACAUGAUAGUCUUCCAGUCACAGGCACUAGUGUGGCUCUCCUAUUCCAGCAGUUGGUCUAUGAGAAGUAUUUUUGUUUACCUGAAGAUUUGUACUUUAAGUGUGGGAAAUAA